UGCGUGUGUAUAUAUUUUUUUCGUAAAAAUCUACCAAUUUGCAACUUGCUGCUGGACCAUGAUAUUACAUUAUCCUAAAGCCAUUUAUUGAUUAAAUGAUGAUGGUAUCAAACUAUUUCAACAAACAUUCUUACAUCUACAUAUUUUGUGGGAUCCGAUAGAUUAGGUUUGAAAAAACAACAACCCUACAUUUAAUAGAUCUGUAUUCACCUACACGAUAGUUUUUAUAAUUGAUACAAAACUGCGCAAGAUCGUUAUGAAAAUAUGUACUUGAAAGUGAAUCAGCCAUAUAAAAUCCGCCACAUUUAGUUGGUUUCAUUUUGCUUGGUGCCGGGCAACCAGUGUAAUCAAGAUUUAACACGUGCGCCCUCAGCCGGAAGUUUAUGAAGUAAACAAUAAAGUUACUUCCCUUGGCUCGAAUUCCGCCAAUGAAAUGAUCCCUUCUAUUAUGUGGAUUCUUCUAUCGGCCAAUCGGGAGAACGCUUUCAUUUUUGUUUCAGUUCAGCUUAGCAACCUUUCCAAACACGCCGGAAACAUCGUUAUCGGUACAUUCAUUCCUCUCGGUAAAUAAUAACAAAGAUGGACCAGACUAAGAGACCGCUCCUGAUUCCCCCUGCUUUUGCCACAUAUGCAGAGGAACAUGGCGUUUUUGAUAUGUACAAGAGACUUCUGGAGCAGUUGAUCAUCCAUCGCCCUACUGACCCAAUUGCAUUCCUGAUAGAAAACCUCAAGCGAGACAACAAUGAUGUACCACAGAUCAUUGUUUUGGGCCCACCUGCCUCAGGGAAGAGGUCUAUUGCAAAACUUGUCUGCAGCAAGCUCCGGACUGCACACAUCACCAUGGAAAACCUCAUCCAUGAUGCAGACUUGGACAUCAGAGAACAGGCUAAGGAGUUCAUUUCCAAAAGACAGGCUGUCCCCACGGAGUUGUGGGUGAAGAUUGUCCAGGAGAGGAUGAAGUUGUUUGACUGUGUGAAGAAGGGCUGGGUGAUGGAGGGCUUCCCCCAGACCAGGGAGCAGGCACAGGCACUGCAGGAGAUCGGGGUCUACCCUAAACACUGCGUUGUCCUGGACUCUCCUGACACCGUCCUUAUAGAGAGAGCAGCUGGGAAGAGAGUGGACCCUAAAACAGGAGAUGUUUACCACACAACCUUUGACUGGCCGACAAACAACGAUGUCCAGUCUCGCCUGGAGGUGGCGCCGGGUUAUACAGAAGAGGCGAUGGUUGACAAGCUGGUCAUGUACCACCGCCACAUCGAUGGCAUUCUCCGUUGCUAUGGUGACACGCUCAAGACAAUCAACGCUGACCAGCCUAAAGCUGAUGUCUUUGCUCAAGUAUUCACUUACCUGUCCAGCCAAACCCGAACAAAUGCUCCACACACCCCACGCAUCAUUUUGUUGGGUCCUACAGGGAGUGGAAAGGGAGUUCAGGCUGCUCUGCUUGCCAACAAGUACAACAUCGUCAAUGUGUGCUGUGGUCAGCUGAUCAAACAGGCGAUCGCUGAUGAAACCAAGGCUGGUGUGGCUGCCAAGGCCUAUGUGGAGAAAGGAGUCAUGGUCCCCGACAACCUAGUGUUGAACAUCCUGGAGGUUCGUCUGUCCCAGCUGGACUGUGUGACGAGGGGAUGGGUGCUGCACGGCUACCCUAGAACCAGGGAACAGGCUGAGCAGCUGGCUAAAGCUGGCUUCAAACCUUACAGGCAAUUUUUCUUGGAUGUCCCGAAUGACUCCGUGCUUGAGAGGCUGACCCUACGGGCCACAGACCCCAUCACAGGGGAACGCUACCACAUGCUCUACAACCCACCACGCACACCAGAAGUCAAAGAGAGGCUCCAGCGCUUCCCCAAAGACAGUGAUAACGAAGUGAGAAAGAGGCUCGCCCAGUACCAUGCGUAUAUCGAGGAAAUAGCAGACUUUUAUUUGGAUGGUCAGCAUGUGAACGCCGAUCAGGAUCCACAUACUGUGUUCGAGUGUCUGGAGAGUAUGAUCGUCAACCCAUUGCCCAAACGUUUCAACUGAGGUCACAGGUCCAAGCUGUAUUGUUUGUUGGUUGAUAUUUAAUGUUAUAGGCCAUGAAAUAUGUUUCUCAUCUGUACACUUCAUCUAAAAAAUGCUGUUAUUUUGGGUUAGAAAGAAUACAACUGCCAAGGUUAACAGAGUUGUCUUUCCUUACAAUGUUCAAACCUAAACAAGCGCCAUGCUUUCUGCCAAAAAACCCUGGUUACCUGGGUCCCAUUUCACAAAGCUCUCGAAAGCCUAAGAUUUCUUAACAUUUCUCAUAGCAUUUGUACCUCCCUAUGUUACAGUAUACUGGAGGUACGAAUGCUACGAGUAAAGUUACGAGAUCUGAGACUUAAAAGAGCUUUUUGAAAAGGGGUCCACAUUCCUUUGCAAUUCAGGUUUUUAUGAGCAUAAAUUUUGUUAUGGCCUUAUAUGUUUGUUAUCAGAUCCGUCCUGUGAUAUAUGUUUGUGAUAAUUAUAAUGGUUGAUUUUAUUAAUGUUGGUAUCUUCUAAUAGUAUCAGGACUUACUGUGAGGUUAGCAAUUGAAGACAAUAUCUGACUAAAAUUAAUACUGUAUGGAUAGAUGGAAAUAUUUAUCAUUAUGAAAGAUGUUAUGAUUAAUAUCAAUGUUACUCAUGGGUUUUAUGGCGUUGUUCAGUGACAUGUUUGUUCAUCAAUUGUGUAUGUGACACCCCACCAACCUUCAACACCGGUUCAACCACAUGUCCAGAUAUAUUGUUUCACCGCACCAAUAACAUACUUUGUUUGAAUAUAUUAAAGUUUCCCAAAUAAAUAUGGAAAAUCUUAGUAAAAUGUCCUAAAGUCAUGUGAUAUUUUAUUCUUGCAAAACUGGUUCUAAAAACGGCAAGUUCAUUAUGGAAAUACUGUUAUAUUCGUGUAUCAUUCUGCUGUAAAUAUUUGUAACCAAAACAUGAAUAUUCCAAUGCCAA